AUGAGAGAAAUCAGAAAAGAUCCAGAGAUCUAUUUGAUCUUCGCCUUGACAGCUGCCACGGUGGGAGCUUAUGGUUAUUACCAACCUCAUUUCUGGGCGGCCAUCGCCGGUCAGACUAGAACAACUCAAAUCGAAGGUACCAAGCCAUGGGAGGAUGGAGCUGAAGGCAGUACGGGUAAAUACCGUUAUCAAACUAGAGCUGGUCCGGGCAAAGAAGUCAGAACCAAGGAUGCUCCCUCCGCUCUGAACUCGGUCAUUGUGCCUAACGUGAAUUUGCCGAGGAAACUGCACGAAAAGUACAACAAAUGGGGGAAAGAAGACUUUGACGAAUAUUGA